AUGUUUGGGGGUCGAGAGUCUCCAGUGGGUGUUUAUUUCCCAUUCCCAAGACUCUCCAGGAAUAGGGUUGGAAUUGUGGAACAGAUAAUCAUUCCGACUGGCGUUCUCUCGUUAGCUGUAAAUACCGAUUCGCCCAGCCAGGCCCGAACACCUGACCCCAAAUCUCUUUUCGCCUCUCUUCUUCUCCCUAAUAACUCGGCUCGGCUUUUCAUCGAUCGACACUACUUUUCCGUGAGUUGUUUCACUGCCACCCCACCCAUCACACCUCACCAGCAUCAGCACUCAACUCGUCGAUCCGUGCCUCCUUUUCCUAACCGAACAUAUUUCUAUUUUAUUUUCUUCACUUUUCAUUCAACUUACGGAUUUUUUUCUCUUUUACCUUAUUUUCAACCAAUCCGCGGAUCUACUUUUUUUCAUAACCUUCACGACAUUUACACUCUUUUACCUGUGCUUUCUCCACCGUUUCUCUAUCUUUUUUUCUUGGAUCUUCUCUUUUUUACUUUCUCUAAUUUUUGUCCCCCCCCAUGUCUGUCUGUAUAUCUCUCCUGCUCUCCUUCUCUCUCUCUUUAUCUACCUAUUUUGUAUCUAUCUCAUUCUGUCCAUAUCUAUCUAUCUAUCUCGGUCCAUUCAUAUCUAUCUAUCUAUCUAUCUAUCUAUCUAUCUAUCUAUCUAUCUAUCUAUCUAUCUAUUUCAGUCUGUUUAUAUCUAUCUAUCUCACUAGCUCGCUCUUCCAGGAUUCACUUUUAUACACUCUUUUUUCUUAGACACUUUCAGGCUCUCUUUUCCUUCAUUCGCUUCUCAUUUUCUUUUUUUGUCAACUGCACCGCUCUCUCUUUUCCCUUCUCUCUCUCUCUCUCUCUCUCUCUCUCUCUCUCUUAUACAUCUAAAAAUAUCUCUAUAUCUGCCCCUCUCCCUCUCUAUCUUUUACAUGCUGGCCUUCCCUCUUUCUCGCCUUCUCAUUCUUUCUCCCUCUCUAUUCUCCUUCUUACUUUUACUCUCUCGACUUUCACACAUCAUUUCUAA